CGUUACCAUGGCGUCAGAUUGAGGCCCCUGAAACAGUGAAAGCUGCACACAGUAUUGGGCCAUGCAGUAAUCAGUAACAGGCGCUGCAUUGCCCCGUGCAAGUUGGUGCCACUGCGAGCACAAAGCUGCUGAAAAGAGGGAAAGAGGGGUGCUGGACAAUCAACCUUCCACAAUUGAGAUGGCAGAGCUUGCUACCAUCGCGAAGUCGCACCGGCUGUUGGCCGGUCACGUCGUUUGCGGAGGGCCCGAGAAUGGAAGAUCAGGAAGCACCAACCAAGGGAGUCUUUUGGGCAGGACUCUACCUUCCUUCACAGCAGCCAACCAAGGCAUUGUCAGGAGCUUGUGUGGAACAGUGCCAAGAUGUCAAAGAGCGACAGAAUCGCAGCAAAAAGCACAUCUGCAGCUUGACGGACGUACAAUUGGAAGACGCAGUCAGAGAGUGGUUCAGCGGAGCGCUGUGGCAGCAAGCGGUAAAUACUACGUGCUGCAACCAGACUCCAAGAAGGCGACCGGUUACUUUCCCCCCUUCAGCAAGGACCUUCUAGACAACCUCCUGGUAGAGAUGCCACCUCACUUGCUCCAAGAGCUGAGGGAAAUUGUUCAAAACAGGAUUUCGUCCGAGUCAGUGGAUGCAGCGACGGCCGCGGAAGACGAACGCUUGUUCGAGUCUGUCGUGCAGAUGAUGGGAGAGUAUGACCGCAAUCUGCUGUACCAGCUCCCUGGGGAGACUCUUGAGGAGGUGCAGAGUUUCCUGGCAAAACGGGGGCGCAUUCUCUACAUCGCAGACAGUAAGAUCGAAGGUGCGGGGCGGGGGGGCUUUGCCAAGGUCCCAAUUAAGGCGGGUACGGUGAUCACCCAGUAUAUCAACGAGCGGCAACUCCUGAAUGCGCCUAUGGGGUUGGUCAGGUCUACAAACCUCGCAGGAGCGCUUGGGGAGGAGUCAGACUCGGAGGCGAGCGUCUCAGGAAGCGAGAAUGGGCAGAAGUAUGACUACUAUGGCCGGGAAGUAGACUGGCCCCCACAUGCGAUCCCGCAUUUGUUGAACGACCACAGCGCCCUGCGGGGCCCGGACCUUUACGUCGACCCCGCACUCAAGAUGGCGCAAUACCUUCGAAGACUGGUCACAAUGAACAACGUGGCCUUCGUUGAGCGGUGGGGCGAGCGCUUUGCCGUUGCAACCCGAGACAUCGAAGCAGGGGAGGAGCUUCUCUGGACGUACGGCAUCUCGUGGUGGUUAGACGUGGAGCGAGAAAACAUGUUCAUGGUCAUGCUGUGGAUCGCCAGCGAACAAACCGGGUCAGAGAUGGGGGGUAAGGAGCGGGAAAUGAUAGAGGAGGCAUGGUCAAGGAUUCGGGUACUGGAAGAAGCGGCGCAGGCAGGGAAAGCGAUGGAACUAGAGGUGGUUGGGAAGCACGGGCCGAAGGCGCGGGAGGAAGUGUAUGUAAUGGAGCCGUUACCUAAGUUGUUUGAAAACGAGGAGAUUUUGAGGGAGCAGCUGGUGCCGUAUUAUGCGGAUAUGCUGGAGGCCUGGAAGAGGGACACGUUUGACGAGGAAAUGCUGCAGGAAAUGCAACGGACGAUGUUUGGCUGACUGAUGUCGUCAGAUUAGUGGGUGAUUGCCACCUUAAAUGCUCAGCCCAUAGCUUCGACUACCAUAAUCUAUUAUGGUCCUAGGUCUGAUUCAUAGCUCCACCACUUCGAUUGGUCGAGCUCAGUGCACGUGAGCCGCCUCUAUCUGUUCAAAGUUCGG